CAGCAGCGUCUGCGAUCAUGGCGGACGUGGUUGCGGAGCAGGUAGCGGACCAGAAACCAGUCCCGGACCGGGAGCUGAACGGGGAGGCGGAGGACAGAGAAGAGGCCGACCCGGUGGAGACCGCGAAAAAGAAGAAGAAAAAGAAGAAGAAGAAGUCUGCGACGACAGGCGCUGAGCCGGAGGCAGAUGGAGUGGGCGAAGUGACCAAACAGCUGGAGAAGCAGGCGAUAGAAGACAAAGAGAAGGAGGAGGACGGCGAGGAAGAUGGAGAUGACGGAGAAAACUCAGCAGGGAAAAAAAAGAAGAAGAAAAAGAAGAAGAAAGGACCCAAAUCUCAGACUGAUCCUCCGUCUGUGCCCAUCUGUGACUUGUACCCAAGCGGGGUGUUCCCCAUGGGACAGGAGUGUGAAUACCCCGCCUCACAGGAUGGUCGCAGCGCGGCGUGGCGCACGACCAGCGACGAGAAGCGGGUCCUGGAUAAAGCCAACGAAGAGGUGUGGAACGACUUCAGACAGGCGGCCGAGGCCCACAGACAGGUCCGCCAGCACGUCCGCAGCUUCCUCAAACCCGGCAUGACCAUGAUCGAGAUCUGCGAGCGGUUGGAGGACUGUUCUCGUAAGCUGAUAAAGGAGAACAGGCUGAACGCCGGCCUGGCCUUCCCCACCGGCUGUUCCCUGAACCAUUGUGCUGCCCACUACACUCCCAACGCCGGAGACACCACUGUCCUGCAGUACGACGACGUCUGCAAGAUCGACUUCGGCACGCACAUCAACGGGCGAAUCAUUGACUGUGCCUUCACUGUCACAUUUAACCCAAAGUAUGACAAGCUGCUGGAGGCUGUGAAAGACGCCACCAAUACUGGAAUCAAAAACGCCGGCAUUGAUGUGCGCCUGUGUGAUGUUGGAGAGGCCAUUCAAGAGGUGAUGGAGUCCUACGAGGUCGAGCUUGAUGGAAAAACAUAUCAAGUGAAGCCGAUCCGAAACCUGAACGGUCAUUCAAUCGGCCAGUACAGGAUACACGCUGGGAAGACUGUGCCCAUCGUUAAAGGAGGAGAAGCUACGAGAAUGGAGGAAGGAGAGGUUUAUGCCAUCGAGACGUUCGGCAGCACAGGUAAAGGUGUGGUCCACGACGACAUGGAGUGCUCUCACUAUAUGAAAAACUUCGAUGUUGGCCACGUCCCCAUCAGGCUGCCCCGAGCGAAGCACUUGCUGAACGUGGUCAACGAGAACUUUGGCACGCUGGCGUUCUGCCGGCGCUGGCUGGACCGCCUGGGCGAGAGCAAGUACCUGAUGGCCCUGAAGAACCUGUGCGACCUGGGCAUCGUGGACCCCUACCCUCCGCUCUGCGACACCAAGGGCUGCUACACCGCUCAGUUCGAGCACACCAUCCUGCUCAGGCCCACCUGCAAGGAGGUGGUGAGCCGGGGAGACGACUACUGACACCCCAACCCCCGCAACAACAGCACCCCACCACCAGACCCCUCCCUCCCUCCCUCCCACCCCCCACCAACACCACCACCACCACCACCACCACUACCACCCAUCACCUCCAGACCCUGUUAGCAACUCCUCCUUCAGAGAAACAGGAGAUGAUAGCUUCUAACACAGGAAGUGGUUUUCUCAGAGCAGCAGUGAAGGAUGCCAAAUGCUACUGUAUUCUACCCAUAAUGCACCACUCACAGCUUGAAAAGAGGACAGACUGCCUUUCUGAGUUUUCCAUCAUCAACACAGCUAAAGAAAUUGUAAACAAGCCAACACAUCUUUGUCGGAGGAAGCAUUGUAGUUUCUUUCAAUGUCCCAUGGACCUCGUUUUACUGAAUAAAAACAACUGUUUUAACUGUUAAACAGUUCAAAAUGUUGCCAUGAAUUUAGUGCAACCCCAGUAUUCAAACAGAUGGUGAGGGUGGGGAACACCUUCAGACCCCCAACCCCCUUUUACUUUCAAACUUUCUUUGGCUCCUCUUUAACCCUCCAGUGCUUUAGUGCUUGAGUUAAAUUAAGCACAAAUGCUACUGACGGGGUUUAAGAAGUGGUCCGGCCACAAAUCUCUGCAAACAGCUAACAUUUAAAGCUCGGGGUGCUGUAGUCCUAAACACCAUCUUCACACAGACGCCGUGCAUCUGCAGCUUUAUGUUUGGCUUCUGUCGCUGCCUGAGGGGAGGAGGGGGCGGGGAACUCUGCACUCUGGCCCUCCAGUCAUCGUUUCUUUGAUAUUUGUAAAAUAUCUUUGAAAAUGCUGCUGCCACUGUAUGUUCCAAAUUAAAAUGCUUCAUUUUGAACUCCCUGAAAAUGUUUUUGUAAGAAAAAAAAAGAUGAUUAAAAUAAUUUUGCUCAU